AUGGCAUCGUUGUUUAAGAAACCUGGUAAUUAUUGGUUUAUUGUUCCCUGGAUUGCUUUCUUACCAUGGUAUGGUAUGCUUAUUGCUAUGUUAGUAUGUUGGGCAGCUCAGGGACAUCCAAUAUAUUGGUUUAUGGAUACAGAUCAAUUUCCUGUAUUUAUAUCAGACAUUGGUGCAACUAAUUUAAAACCGUUAUUUAUUGCUUGUGCAGGUUGGCAAGGUAUUGGUUAUGUAAUUACUUUGUGUUUAGAAUUAUUACAAAGAAAUAAUGGCUGGAUGAAUCCAUGGUUUACUAAAGAUGAACGUAAUUUAAUUAUUGCAAGUAUUAUUUUAGGAAGUAUUGGUGAACUAGGUAUAUUGUUUUGCUCAAUUUUUACAACUGCAAGUUAUCAUCAUGUUCAUAUUGCAAUGCUUACUAUUUUUAUAAUAUUUAUGUUUUUAUCGCUGGUUUGUCUUACAGUAAAUUAUUAUCUAAUGGGAUUUCAUUAUACGAUAUUAAGACGUCAAAAUAUUUCAACAAUAAAUACUAAUAAAAGCACGGCUCAUUGGAAUAAAUUUUUAAUUAGUGCAAUUUUUAAAACUUUAUGGUUAGUAUGUGCUGUAAUUUGGGCAAUUUCUUUUGCUACUUUACCAGAUGAAUCAACAAGUGCAAAAUUUGAAUGGUUAUUAGCAUUUUGGUUAGGUGUUAUAUUUAUAAUUAUUUCAAUUGAUUUUUAUUUAGGUUCACAAUGGAAAAAAUCAAAAUAUUUCCCUUAUUUGAACAAUUUUGGAACAUUUUAUAAAUUGCAAGAAUAUAGAGAUAAACAUUCAGAAUUAUAUAACGUUGAGUCAGAAGUUGAAUCAAAGAGUAGUUCAGGAACAAUAGUAUUGACUAGUGCACCUGCUAUUGAAGAAAUUCCUCAAGUUUAG